AUGCCUGAGCGGAAACUCGCUGAAGGUAUAAGUGUGCACAUAUACAUGUACACAUGUGUGUACGUGUGUGUACUUAUUUGUGCCUGUGGGAGUGCCCUAGCCCCUUUGCACCCCCGAACAUCUCGACCCACCAAUUUGACAGUUAUGAAAACGAAAAGGGCCUCAUUCAUAGCUAUCUGCGCAUGGUUCCUUAUCGAGACGUUCUCCUCUGUGAGAAAGAAAAGAAUUCACAGCAUCCCAUAUUAUCCAACAGACAAACGCACGCAUGACAUUAAAGUCGUUGCAAGGAGAAAUAAAUUUGUGAGGAUAAAAUUUCGAGACAAUGCUUCGUCUCCUCAGGAUAGACGAUUUCCCUACCUUUUUCUCAAUCGAAAUGUCAUUACAUAUGUACAGUUAGGAGAAUCAAGAAAGCAACGUUCACCUAAUGGUAAUGCGUUGCUCCAGGACAACCGCGCUAGAGGAAACGUACGGGCCACAAAGUUAUUCGUGAGGAGGAAAAACGUAGGAAAUACCACUGAAGAAUCGACAAGCGCAGAAAAGGAUGAAGUGGUAAAGGGGAAAGUAAAGACCCGCCGGGGAAGGCAAAAAAAGGAGAAGAGCCUCACAUUGGAGAAUGAAGGCGGUGCUGCAGCGAGUGAGGACAUAUCCACCUGUGAAGGGGUAGUGGAGGGAGGGGAGGAUGUGAGGGCGGUUAAAGGGAAUGAAAAGGGAGAAAGGAAGAAGGGCGAAAAAAAAAACACAAAGAAGGGUACCAAAGAGAUCGCUAAAAGGGGUGUCAGAAAGAUCGCUAAGAGGGGCACAAACAGAGGGGAAAACCCGCAGGGAGAACCCCUUCACCGAACCACCACCUCGGGGGAAUCCAAUGAAGACCAGUUUGACGAAAACGAGGCGCUCGAAUAUUUUGCGGACGAGUUUUCCAUGGAAGACGAAAAAGAGGAAAAUACGGCACGGGAGAAUAAGGGACGCAGAAAGGGAAGUCAAAAGGGAAGCAAAUCUAUCGGCAAGAAAGAAGAAGAGGAAGAAAACUCGGAGGAUAAUUUCUCGCCAAAGGAAGAGAAGGAUCCCCUCGCAGAGAAGGAAAAACUGGAGAGGGAACGCAAAAUCGAGUUCAUCAAAAAGGUAGAGUUCAUGCUCCAGGAAGAGGAAAAAAAUGAAAAGCUUUACGAAGAGCGAGAAGACAUUGAAAAGCUGAAGUUCGGUGAGAAGCCCCCGCCGGGAAGCCAAGAAUUCAUGGAUACGAUUUUAAAAAAUGUGCACACAGAGAAGCCGAUCAAUGUACCAAAUUCAUCAACUCAAACGGAGAAAUACGACCUCAGGAAGAAACACCUUUUUUACGAACUUCUCCGAAUUAGCAACUCCAACAGUUUCCACACACAAAAAAUAUACACCCACAACGAUUUAAUAUAUGGAAUGAAGUACAGAAAGUUGGGAGAGAGCAAUCUGUGCGUAAGUGAACUGUGUGUAGGAACGAACAUGUACGAAAAUGAAAACUUCAUCAGCAAGGACGAUGUGAAUGUACUACUCAAUAUGGCAUUUUACGAAUACGGAAUAAAUUUUUUUGAUAUUUCUGAAUAUGACCCAUUUCCACAUGACCCAAUCAGCUACAAAAAGGCGAAAAAUAGAAACAUGAAUUUAUUCCUCAAAGAUAAGAAAAGAGAAAACAUCAUCAUAAAUUUACGAAUGUGUUCCUCAAGAAAUGUGGACAAAAUAACCAAUGGAGAAUAUUAUCUAAGUUGGAUUAUGGAAGGUAUGAAAGAUGACACUCCUACAUUUUACAACAUAGAAGAAAGGCUAGAUAAAAUUCUAAAAAAUUUGAAUACCAACUAUGUGGAUAUAUUAACCAUUGAUAUGCCUGAACGGUAUAUACCAAAUGGUGCAAAAGGGGAAGACACUUACAUAUGGGGGUUUGAAAAUUUGAGUUCUUCAGAAGAUACACAAAAUGGAAAAGAAGUUAUGUCGAUAGAAGAACAGUUUCACAUAUUGGAGAAGUUGAUUCUCAAAGGGAAGGUACGACAUAUCGCUGUUUCCAACGAAUCUGUUUGGGGAAUAUACCAGUGGUGUAGUUUGGCAAAAAAAAAAAAAAAAAAAUUUAUGAAAAUUGUGUGUGCACAAAAUUUGUACAAUUUGUUACAUAGAAAUGAGGUAGAAUCAUCUGGUCUUGUAGAAAUGAUUUUGCGAGAAAAUUUUAAUGUACCGCUAGUUCCUUAUGGGUUGCUAGCGGGGGGAAUACUGACGGGGAAGUAUUUAGACCCGGAGAGGUAUCACACUAUGGGCCCCGACACCGUCCUAGGGGAUGAUCAGCUCGAUCACGACUUAGAUGAUUCUAAAGGAAACAAAGCCGAAGAUUACGGUUAUUUAUCGUACGGACCAAGAAAUGGUCGAUGCAAUAAAUACCCCUAUCUAUACAAAUCACACAGGUGUGUGUGGGCUCAAGACGCGACAGCCGAAUAUAUGAAGUUAGCUAGAUCACACGGCAUGUCCCUAGCCCAGCUGAGCUUAAGCUUCGUUUAUAGUAGACCAUUUGUUGCUUCCUCCAUAAUUGGCCCCAGAACCAUAGGUCAGUUAAAAGAUUCCGUUCUUGCGCUUAACUAUCCCAUGUAUCAACACACAGAGUGGGAUUUGCAUGAAAUUUUCUUACGAUAUAGAGGAUGCACCAUGGAUGGAAAUACAAUUCUUAAUAGUCUUAAGGACCCAAACAAAACUAGCCAAACGGCUUUCUACAAAAGUGCAAAUAUCCCUAUCCUGAGUGGAGGCACCCACUGGAAUAAUUACCCCCUCCCAUUUUUUAACAAAAGGUAUGAGUACACCGAUAUGAAAGAAGAACACGAUCGAAUAAAAUCCACCUUUGGAUUGAAUGACCAACCAAAUGAUUCAAACUUCAUCAGUGCCCGCAUAUGGGUCGAAAGGGAAAAAAAAAAAGGAGAAUACUUCGCUCUGAAGGAGAGCAAAUUGUUCGAGUGGGAUAAAUACAAAAUAUACAAAGGAGUAAUGACCAAAUUAAGUAACAAAGAAAAGUACCUCUAUGAUACAUCCGACUUCCAUUUCUACUAUAAGGGUAACAAAAUUUCGGUGGUCCCUACCGAUGACGAAAUUUCCAACUUUUAUGAAAACCGAGAAAAAAUGAAGAAGGUCAUCACCCAAACUAUAAAUGAUUGCCAAGAGUUGUAUCAGUAUCAAGAACAGUUGGGCCAGGAAAUGCCAGACAUUUUUAACAACCUCAAUAUCGACCUGAUUUAUAAACAACUGUUGAACAGACACAACAUUAACCCUUUGGAUAAGGACGAACUGAAUUCCAUAUACCAAUAUAUGAAGAUGACUCCUGCGGAGUUAAAGACGGAGGAUUUCUGGUAUAUUUACAAGUAUAACCCGCUCGACACUUCCUUUGCCUUCCGCACGGGAACAGAGCCAUGA